UAACCUUUCUUUGCAAGUUUCGGUGUUCUUGGAUGAGAGCGGGGAAAAAGGACAAGUCAUAGGGACUUUGCUAAAGAAAAAAACAAUGAUGACCGUUUGGGUAGCUUUGCAACCAAAUCUACUUACUAGAAACACAGGUUUGAGUGGUGGAACGUCAAAUACAGUGGGAAAUCCUAUUAUUAGUUCAGGCAUUGUUGACCGUAACGCGAUCGUGAAUAAUGAAUGUCGAGUGUUAAUAGGUGGCAUAAAAUUUUCGAUUCAGGUUAAGGAACCUCAACGCUUAUCAAUUUCAGAUGGUGCAGAAGAAUUGAUUACUGUCACUAGUCAGACGGUGAAAUUCACGUCUCUCAUAGGUCGUUCUGUAUUUUCGGUUUCCGACAAGUUGAUAAGUCUUGGUUCGACUUCUAAUAUUGGCGAUACUUUCUAUGGAUCUUUUAUCAUUCACAACUUGUCUACUCGUCUUCCACUCGACUAUGUGAUGGAAUGCCCUAGUGGUAAUAUAAUAUUGGAUCGUACUGGUGGAACCCUUGAGGGCUGGGAUUCAUCAAUUGAACCUUGCGAAUCUCCCAAGCAUAAUGAUACUCAUACGUUCCAGGAUGAAGACGCAACUUCGAACAAUUUAUUCUCAACCGUUGUUAAUUUUCGUGUCACAUCUUCAAAAUUUGGAUUUUUCCGCGACAAAAUUAUCAUUACAAACAAAAACAAUGCCGAACAAAUUGUUGAAAUAGAGGUUCACCUAUUUGUCGAUAACCGCAUUCUCGAUUUCCGCAUUCGAGACGAGUUCUCCUCAUCUAAGUCUACCAAAAUCGAAAUGACACCUCCAGUAGAGGAAAUUUCAAAAGACUUUGAGAAAUUACCUUUAAUUUCCUGGGAUAACAUUGCGGUGGCAAUUACCGAUGACGACUCGUUAAACGCGGGAGGAAAAAUUAAAGAUUCUGUUCCAAAGGUCAUUAUUCAAAAAGGAUAUCAAGCCACGGAAAUUCCGUUAUAUGAACAAUGCAUAAAAAUUUGCAAUAACUCUGAAUCUGACACCUUGAAAAUAGUUCCCCGCAGUAACCUGGAAGUAAAAGCUCGAUGGGGUCUUUUUGGAGAUUCGAAGACACUAAAAACACUCUCGGAAAAAUUAAAAGAUGAUGAUAGUUCAUUCAAAAUAUGUGGCCCCAUAUUUGAAUUAGAGCCAAAAAAUAAUGCUUAUAUUUAUGUUAGUUGCCCUCAACCCAACUCAUUAACUCAAGAUGAAAUAAAGAAGAUUGCAAAUGGCAAAAAGGUUAAUAUGAAAGGCAUAUUCUUCCUGGAAGAUCAAAACCAAAAUUUAGUGUUAAAGUUGGUGGACCUUAGUGCCUCAUUCUGUGUUCCCAAAGGAGAAUUGAAUACCUCAUAUUUAAGUGUAGGCCGGAUAGGACAUUCUAAUUCAUGGUCUGGAGUGAAAUUUCAAUUUAGUAUCCGAAACAUAUCAGACAUACCUCUGUAUUAUGAACUUCAAAGUCCCGAUUGCAUCGAAAUUCUAGGC